GUGGCUAGUGAAGACAUCAUUGGCGAUCCAUGCCUCUAUGAUUACGCAAAGGUCUAUAUAAAUAGGCUAGAUGUUCAAAAACCUUUACACAUCAACAACAGUCACCACUUGCCAUAUAAAUGGGAUGAAUGUGAAGGGCAUCUGUGGCCUGUGGUGGACGCAUAUAGUACUAAAAACUUGCGUGCACUCUCAUCACUUUUAAAGAGACAUAUCCGAGUCUUGCUUUACAGUGGAGAUCAAGCUAUAAAUGUUCCUACCUUGGAGACUCGGAAAUUUGCAAACAUGCUCGCUGAAAACUUGAAGCUCAUCCAUACACAGAAGAAUAGACCAUGGUAUAAUGGCCCUCAGGUUGGGGGAUGGAGUGAAGCAUUUGGAAGAUUAAGAGAAGGGAAAAACGUCACAUACUUAACGUUUGCAUCAGUGAGAGGAGGAUCUCAUUUUACUCCGUCCUCAUCCCCAUCAGAAGUUUUCACACUUUUCAAAUCUUUUCUAAAGUCAUCUCCUCUGUAAGUAGUCGACAAAAAGUGUUCAGUUUAUAAAGUUUUUAAAUACAUAUUUACCGUUUGUGCAAAAUUAGAUUCAUUCUAUCGGUCCCAAAAAAAUCUUUAUACAUUAU